AUGCAGGACGUCCUGCGGAUGCGCGCUGCCGUCGGCUAUUUCAUGGCGCAGGACCACUUGCCGGUGCCAUUUGUCCUCUCAGGCGAGGGUGGCUACGGAGAGCUUCCUGAUCUAGGCACUUCUGAUGCGGCCGAGUCUUUAGACUCGAUCGGUGAUGAGCUUCAGGACAUUUGGCGUGGAGCUGUUGGAGGCGUCCCGGUGUCUGAGAAAAGCACUAUUGCUUCCGAGUGUGUGGUCGGAGAGAAGAAGAAGGAUGCGGCGAAGCACGUUCAGCUGGUGAAGGGCAUGCCGGGCAUCAACGAAAGGCUGCUUCGGACACGCCUCAGCCAUCUCAUGGACAGCACAUAUGACGUUGAGUCUGAUGCAAUGCGCCCACAUGGUUGGAAGAAGGAGGCUCCAAAGGAUGAAGAAGACAUGGCUGUCGAAGUGGACGACCUGGUCUCCUGCGCCUUCCGUCGCCGGGAGUCGACGCAGCAGAUUAAGGCUCCCACUCUUUGUCAGGGAGUUCCGGGGAACGAAGAGCCCAUGUCAGAAGACGCCAAGUUGACGAUGAAGGUGGCAUCGUGUAACAAGUCCGCGAGGGGAAAAGAAUGUGACUGCCCCAUUUGCCUCGAUGAGUUUACAGCUACGAGCGAUGGCAUCGCGGAGGGUGCUUUCCGUUGCGCCCAGUGCGAGGCCUCAUUUCAUGUGGGCUGUGCCCGGAAGUUUGCCGUCACCGCUGCAGAGAACGGAUCCAUUCCGAUCAGGUGUCCCUUGCCUACCUGUGAUGGCAUUUGGGAGGAUUUGUCGUCCUGUCUCGACGAAUCAGCGGCUGUGAAGAUCGCAGCUGCACAGCGCUUGCAGCAAGAGCUCGGUUCGAGGACCAGCUCUGAAAGCCAGCUCUCGUCACAAGAGGUUCAGGAGCUGAAGCGACUGGGCAUCCGCCAGUGCCCGCGAUGCCUCGUGCUGAUUCAGAAGCAGGCUGAUGGCUUGCUCACAGGAUGUGAUAAGAUGACCUGCCGAUGUGGGUCCAUGUUCUGCUUCAGCUGUGGCAUGGAGGCGCGCCCCGGUGGCGUGGCGAGGUGUCGCUGCGUCGGUGCGCACCAUGCGUACAUUCCUCACAGUGCAGUACUAGAUAACUACAACUCCUGGGCCGGUCCUGCCGCAGUGGACAUGGACCUGGUGAAGAGGCCGCGAGGUGCCCCGUCCAAGGGCGCGGUGCAGCGCUUGCGUCGGGAACUGGAGGUGGUGACCAAGGACCCUCCCCCAUUUAUUCGGGUGAGCUGCCCGGAUUCCGCCAUCUCCAAAUGGCACUUCGUGAUCGAAGGGCCACCAGACACAUCGUAUGCCGGCGGUGUGUAUUGGGGGCAGAUUGAGAUGCUGAAGGAGUAUCCUUUCGAGCCACCAUUGGUGCGGUUUCGCACUCCCACCGGCAGAUUCCAGGUCGACACUUGGCUCUGCCGAACACAGUUGGACUACCAUCCAGAGGGCUGGCAGCCGCCCUGGACCAUCGGAAGCCUCCUGGUUGCUUUGCUGGCAUUGCUUUGUAGUGACGCGUUCACCGUCGGGCUUGUGCAGCCCCCGGCGACCGAUUCGGAGAAGCGACGGCUGGCUUCGGAGUCGCUGCAGUGGAAUCGCGGAGUGGCUGCUUUCCUGACUGCCUUUCCGAACUACAGGAGCUAG